CAUUAUCUAUUUUAUUGUUUCCUAUUCCUUUAGUAUUUUAUAUGGCUUAGCUAAUAACCAAUAUACAACUCUGAGGGAUGUAUCUUAGGCUUAGAUUUCCACUAAUUCGGAAGCAAAAUUUGCAGAAAAAGGGAAAUGUUUGAACCUUCUAGGUGGAAGAGAUGCUUUCUCUAAUCGAACCUUCUGUUAGAUUCAGUGGAUUCCUCUCGGACUCAUAACAGCCGGAGACGCUAAGCCCUAAACCCCUUCACCGGGAAAAUGCUCCGCUAUGUUACCCGCAGCGUCCGCCACCGUGUCCGGCAUCAAUGCCGCCAUUUCAGGCCCCCGAAGCCCCCUACUCGUCCGGCGCCACCAUCGCCGCCGAAGCCCCCGAAGAAGCCUCAGAGCUUCACUUUCCACGACGAGACUUGGGAGGAUCCGUACAGCUGGAUGUCUCAGCUGAGUGACAAGGUGGCGAUGAGGCACAUGGACAUAUACAUGGAGCAAGAGGAUAAGUACACCGAGGCAGUACUUUCCGACACGGUUCGGCUUCAGACCAAGCUCCAGUCGGAGAUGGCUUCUCGCUUGGCCUUCGAGCUCUCCACACCUCCAGUUCGCUGGGGACCAUGGUUGUAUUAUAGACGGGUUGAAGAAGGGAAGCAGUAUCCCGUGAUGUGUAGGAGGCUGGUGAGCUUGCACGAGGAGCUCAUUUCCAACAAAUCUCCUGCUUCUGGAUUUGACUUUGCAUCUGGGAAGAAGAUUGAGCAAAAGCUGCUUGACUACAAUCAGGAAGCCGAAAGAUUUGGAGGUUAUGCUUAUGAAGAAUCGUCUGAGAUAUCCCCAGAUCAUAAAUUUCUUGCAUAUACCAUGUAUGAUAAGGACAAUGAUUACUUCAAGCUCUGUGUGAGAAACUUGAAUUCUGGAGCGUUAUGUAGCAAACCUCAUGCGGAUCAUGUCUCAAACAUAGCCUGGGCCAAGAACGGGCAAGUUUUAUUCUAUGUCGUGACUGAUCGAAAUAAGAGGCCAUUCAGGAUAUAUUGUAGCACAAUUGGGUCAACAGAUGAGGAUGUUUUGCUUCAUGAAGAACUGGAAGAUAAUGUUCAUGUUAACAUAAGACAUACAAAAGAUUUCCACUUUGUGACUGUAAAUACAUUCUCUCCAUCAUCUUCAAAGGUCUUUCUCAUAAAUGCAGCUGACCCAUUUUCUGGCUUGGCAUUGGCCUGGGAAUACAACGGUCUAGCUCAUUGCAUAAUUGAGCAUCAUCAGGGAUUCCUCUAUUUAUUUACAGAUGCUGGCAAGGAUGGCCAGACACUCGACCAUCAUCAUCUUCUGCGAAGUCCAGUUGACUUCUCUUUCAGUCCUAGAAUAUGGGAGAAGGUUUUUACCGAUGACCCAGAAUUGGUUAUAGAGGAUGUUGAUUUCUGCAAAACACAUCUAGCCCUUAUUGUGAGACAAGGCAGGAGCUUCAGACUUUGUGUCGUUGGUCUACCUUUGCCAUCGGAGCAGGCACCAGUUUAUCUGAGAGAACUUCAGCCUCAUUAUCUCCCUCUUCCAAAGCAUGUUUCUCAAAUUUCACCUGGUCCAAAUUAUGACUUCAAUUCCUCAACAAUGCGGUUCAUGAUAUCGUCACCUGUGAUGCCAGAUGCUGUGGUUGAUUACGAUAUAGCAAACGGGAAAUGGAACAUUGUACAGCAGCAGAACAUGCUUCAUGAGAGAACACGAAUCUUGUAUGGAUCAGCAACCUCGGGUGACAAAGUUAGCAAGUCAUCAGUCACUAGAAAUCUGAGUUCUGAUACUGACACAAAUGCCGAGAAUGACAACUUGUGGAAUGACCUGACCGAGUUUUAUGCCUGUGAUUAUCACGAAGUUUCUUCUCAUGAUGGAGCCAUGGUUCCAUUAACUGUUGUUUACUCGAGAGUUCAUAAGGAGAAGAACCAAAAACCGGGUCUGCUUCAUGUUCAUGGAGCUUACGGUGAAAUUCUCGACAAAAGAUGGCGUAGUGAACUGAAAAGCCUUCUCGAUCGAGGUUGGGUUCUUGCAUAUGCAGACGUUAGAGGUGGAGGCGGCAAGGGCAAGAAGUGGCAUCAAGAUGGAAGAGCCUCAACGAAACUGAACUCCAUUAAAGAUUACAUUUACUGUGCCAAGUUCCUUGUUGAGAAUAACUUAGUAGAAGAAAACAAGCUUUGUGGAUGGGGAUACAGUGCUGGAGGGCUUGUUGUUGCUUCAGCCAUGAAUCAUUGCCAUGAUCUGUUUCGAGCUGCUGUUCUAAAGGUACCCUUUCUUGAUCCAACUCACACUCUCCUUCGUCCGAUAUUACCCCUGACUGCUUCCGAUUAUGAAGAGUUUGGAUAUCCGGGAGAUAUCAAUGAUUUCCAUGCCAUACGCAAAUACUCACCUUAUGACAACAUUCCCAAGGAUGUUCUUUAUCCAGCAGUGUUGGUCACAUCAUCAUUCAACACUAGAUUUGGAGUGUGGGAAGCUGCAAAAUGGGCAGCACGGGUCCGUGACAGUACCAUCUACGACCCUCAACGUCCAGUUCUACUCAACCUUACGGUUGAUAUUGUGGAAGAAAACCGGUAUUUGCAGACCAAGGAAUCUGCUUUAGAGACCGCAUUUCUCGUAAAGAUGAUGGAAUCUUGAAUGAAACCAGGGUGGGGGCAAGCAACCAUGGGAGCUCUGAUAUAAGAUAUAGCCAUUGAUGAACAACAGUGCAGUGUACAUCUGAAGAAACCUACGAAACAUCUCUGGUUCCAAAUUACAGUUCUGCUUCAGAUACAAAAACCCCUCCGAAAAAAUGGGAGAAAAAAAAAGAUGUUCUUUAGGCAAACUCUAUAAUGAUUUAGAAAAAGAUAAGGGAACCCGGAAAAUAUCAAUUAAUGAAUGAGGCUUUUUUUCCA